AUGGAGGCCGGGCUGCUGAGUGCCAUCCUGGGCGUUGCCAUGGUGUGGGCGGAGACGGCCGGGCCGGACCUGGAGCUGCAGAAGAUUGUAGGAUUUUGGCGAGAAGUUGGUGUGGCCUCCAACCAAAGCCUGGCACUGAUGACCCCGAAGAGGCUGGAGGCCUUAUUCCUGACCUUGAGUGGGCAUGAGCUGACCGUGAAGGCCGCAUAUAGCAGCUCAGGAAGUUGUGAGACGGAAAACAUAGUGGGCUCAGAAAUGAAUGUUUCGGGCAAGUUCGUGUUUCCUGGCCACAGAGAGAUUCACGUGAUCGACACGGACUACGAGCGCUACUCCAUCCUGAGGUUGUCCCUCCACUGGCAGGGCAAGGACUUCCACGUGCUCAAGUACUUCACUCGCAGCCUCGAGGACGAGUAUGGACCGGGCUUCUGGAGGUUCCGGGAGCUGACGGCAGACACCGGACUCUACCUGGUGGCCCGCCACGGGAGGUGCGCCAAGCUCCUGAAGGAGGUGAGCCUUCCCCUUUCGUGCUGA